UUGCUACUAUAUACUACUGCGAACUAUAUGGCCCAUUAAACGAACACCACCCACAUACGUCCAGGAGCAUAUAUUGUCGCAGCAAUACAAUAGUGCCAGAACACCUUGAUUCUGGCACUCACUUACCUUCAAACUCAAAGUCCUUACAUUCGGACUACGAAGAAGUUACCAUCAUGACCACCGUCACGGCCGCCGCGCCCUGGAUCACCAGCAGCCAACAAUGUACUCUGGAAACAUGUCCUUUGUCCUACGCCCACAUCACCUAUCUCCCCAACCUAGGUGGCAAUGCCUUCUACAUCGCUCUAUUCGCCUUCUUCAUCCCCGUCCAACUCUACCUCGGCAUCCGACACCGCACCUGGGGCUACCUCUUCGGCGCCAUCUGCGGCCUCAUCCUGGAGGUACUGGGCUACAUAGCACGCAUCUACAUGCGACACAACCCAUUUAUUGACCGGUGGUUUAUCAUGUACCUCGUCUGCCUCACCAUCGCCCCCGCCUUCCUCAGCGGCGCCAUCUACGUCUCCCUCGCCCGAAUCGUGGGGGCCUACACGCCUCAAGUCUCCCGAAUAAAACAGCGCAACUACUCCCUAAUCUUCAUCAGCUUCGACAUCAUCUCGCUCCUCCUCCAAGCCGCCGGCGGUGCCAUCACGACCUCGGAUUCCGCCUCCGAAGUCCAAGACGGAAUCAACAUCAUGAUAGCCGGUCUCAGCUCACAAGUAGCCUCCCUAACCCUCUACAUCGUGAUCUGUCUCGACUAUGCCUUCCGGGUCUACCGUCUCAGCGCACGCAACCCCUCCCCUCCAUCAUCAACAUCGAACAUGUUCCGCAUGGCAAACCACAGCAAGCAAGAAUCCGAAAGCCAGGACCUCGUCUCACCAUCUCGAGACCUGGUCACCCUAAAUCCAGACUUCGCCAGCCUCCGGGCAAGUAAACGCUGGAAAGCGUUCCUAUUCUGCCAAGGGUUAGCCGUCGUGUGUAUUUACAUCCGGAGCUGUUUCCGAGUUGCGGAGCUGUGUGGGGGGUUUAGUAGCCAUUUGGCGAAUGAUCAGACCACGUUUAUGGUGUUGGAGGGGGCGAUGAUUAGUAUUGCGGUGAUUGCGAUGAGUAGUUGGGGUCAUCCCGGGGUGGGAUUCCAUGGGAGAUGGGAUGCGUUGAAUUAUCCCAUGUUUCAGAGGAAGAAGAAGGGGGUGGUGGAUAUUUAAGUGUGGGUUUGAUAAGAGGCGGUAGUAGUGAGGUUUGUGUUCUGUUUCUUUUCCUUUUUUUUGUGUGUUUUCUGGAAUGGUGCAUCUUCGCUUCUAGUAUCAUAUUUGUUGUUUGGGCUGGUUGGGUGUUGGGUGUUUUGUAUACUAGCUUCGACUAGAUUUGCAUCUAUGGGAUAGAAUAUGCAUUGGAUCUUCU